UAAAUAAAGACUGUACUAAAAAGGAAAGAAGGGUAGCUUCAGAGGCGUGCAGUGCCGGCGUUUGACUCGCCGAUUCCAACUACGGCUGCCCGUCCCGCCGGAACUCGUUCUUCCGCCUAACGUACUCUUUGAUCGUUAGAAAAUGGCCGCCAAGGCUCAAGAUGAAGGCCAUAGAUUCUUCGUUGCAGUUCAUGUUGGCGCGGGAUUUCACGCCCCUUCCAACGAGAAAGCCCUCAGGUCAGCCAUGAAACGCGCUUGUUUAGCUGCCGCUGUAGUUCUCCGAAAGGGCUCAGGCGGCUGUUUAGAUGCUGUUUCUGCUGCUAUACAAGUUCUAGAGGAUGAUCCAGCGACAAAUGCUGGACGAGGCUCCAAUUUGACCGAAGAUGGUCAAGUAGAAUGUGAUGCUAGUAUUAUGGAUGGUGAUACAGGUGCUUUUGGAGCUGUUGGUGCAGUGCCAGGUGUCCAAAAUGCUAUCCAAAUUGCUGCUUUACUGGCAAAGGAACAAAUACUGGGAUCGCCUUUGAUGGGCCUCAUACCUCCGAUCUUCCUAGUUGGUGAGGGUGCUCGUACAUGGGCCAAGUCCAAAGGCAUCUGUUUGCCAGAAACUAUUGCAGAGGCUAAUGAGUGGUUGGUGACAGAAAGGGCAAAACUUCAAUGGAAAAGAUACAAGUCAAUGGUUGAACGUGCAAAAAAAGAGAAAGGAACUUCUAAUGUAACGCAUUCUUGUAGUCCUCAAGAUAUUGCUAGAAUAUCAGAAGUCCAAUCACACAAUCCACUGGAAGGCGCCACAUGCCAGUCAUCAACGCUAAGCGAUGAUGAAAAGGAUUGUAUUAUGGACACGGUUGGUGUUAUAUGUGUUGACAGUGAAGGACAUGUCGCAUCUGGGGCCUCAAGUGGUGGUAUUGCAAUGAAGGUUAGUGGACGUGUGGGAUUAGCAGCAAUGUAUGGUUCUGGUUGUUGGGCUUCCUCAAAGGGUCCAUUUGGGGCUCCCUUCAUGGUUGGGGGUUGUGUUUCUGGUGGAGGAGAGUAUCUCAUGAAAGGAUUUGCAGCUAGGGAAUGCUGUGUAUCAUUAUCACUAUCACAGGCAGGUCCCGCCUCUGCUUGCAUGAAAGUUCUACGCAAUUUUGUUCAAGAAAGCAGUCAACUUAAUACUGAUAAGAGUGCUGGGAUUUUGCUUGUCCAGGCUGAUGCUCCUAAAUUGGCCCCAGGAAAUCCACAGAAGUUGAAAGCUGUGGAGAUUGCUGCUGCUUAUUCUUCCCUUUCAUUUGGAAUGGGUUACUUUGCGAGCUCCAUGGAUCGACCGAAGGUGUCCAUUUUGCGGAGUACAAAACAGAACAGUAAGAUGGGAAUUGAUCAUUUUGAAGCACGUAUAGAUCUUUCGGAUAAUGGGAAGAAUUAAGCUAUUGCUCUUUCUUUCUCCAUCACGAUGCAAUUCUACAGAGAAAAGGUCACAAUUGUAGAACAUUCGUUCUGUUUUAUUUAUUCUGGUACAAUUUGAGGAUGCUGACAAGGGCAUUGAUUAAACCAAACAAAAAAGAUAGGUUCAGAUCAGAUGCUAUUCUAAUGGGAUUCAUAGAUGGUGCUAUGUCCACAUCAAAUUUCAGGUUUUAGUUUUUAAUUCAUUGGGUGAAUUAUGGAUACGCCAAAGUCAAAAGAAGUGAAAUUUGGUACUGUAUUUUAUUUGGUUAGAUGAGCAAAUGGCCAUGGAGCAUAUCUUGAAGUGUUCUUUUCUCUA